AUGUAUUAGAAAUAAUUCAUUUUCAAGAAAAAAAUACUAUCAGGUAGACUUGCGUAGAUCAUGUUUAUUCUGAAAUUUAAAAUUCGUACGAGAAACAAUGCAGUUGUGCGAACUGUGCCGUGCGGUCCGACUCUGCAGGCACAGAAUAGACAAUGUGUCUUCAAUUUACUGUAAGAGAAUUUUUUUUGUAAAUAUUGAAAUUUUAUUAAAUGUUCGAUACAAGUAUUUAGAAAAAUCGCUUUUCCUUCGCCCGAACAAGUUAUCCAGAUGAAAGUGGAAAUGGAAGAUAUUGAUGAUAGUACAAUUUGCGAUUCUGUUUCCUCUCUUGUAGAAGGAUGCCGACUUCCAGUCCACAUGAAAGGCACACACGAUUGGCCACUGGCCGAAAUAAUAAGCAUCAAAGAUAUGCAAGGUUCAAAAUAUUAUUAUGUUCAUUAUGUUGAUUUCAAUAAACGGCUGGACGAAUGGGUAACAGAAGAAUCAUUAGACACCCGAAAGGUCCAUUUUCCUCGGAAAGAUACAUGUACUGGUACAGGAGUGUCAACACCUAAGAAAUUACUUAUUGGAAGCGGAAAUAAUGGGACUAUAUCUAGACCAUCAAGCCCCAUUCUCAACAAUGCUGAAUUGGUAAAUGGAAAUGCAGUUCUAGCAGCUGCAUUGCAAAAACGAAUGAACAGAAAAAGAAAAGGUCCAUCCUUGGAAAGUGAAGAUUCACAAGAUGGAGUGGUCCCUCCAGCAGGCCCCAGACAAUCUGGCAGUAUGGUAUCACAUCAUGAUGAUGUUGUUACAAGAAUGAAGAAUAUAGAAAUGAUUGAAUUGGGAAUGCAUAGGAUAAAACCUUGGUAUUUUGCCCCUUAUCCACAAGAAAUGGUGCAUCUGCCCUGCAUUUAUAUAUGUGAGUUCUGUCUUAAAUACCGGAAAAACCGUAAAUGCCUUGAACGACAUUUGGUAAAGUGCAAUCUUAGGCAUCCACCAGGAAAUGAAAUAUACCGAAAAGACACAAUUUCAUUCUUUGAAAUAGAUGGGAGAAAAAACAAAGUCUAUGCCCAAAAUUUAUGCUUGUUAGCUAAACUGUUUUUGGAUCACAAAACUUUGUAUUAUGACACAGAUCCAUUUUUGUUUUAUGUUAUGACAGUCUUUGAUCACAGGGGCUUUCAUAUAGUUGGUUAUUUUUCAAAGGAGAAGGAGUCCACAGAAGAUUACAAUGUAGCUUGUAUUUUGACACUACCUCCAUUUCAAAGGAAAGGAUAUGGAAAAUUACUGAUUGAAUUUAGUUACGAAUUAUCAAAGUUUGAAGGAAAAACUGGCUCUCCUGAAAAACCCUUAUCAGAUUUGGGGUUACUGUCAUAUCGCAGUUAUUGGGCCCAAACCAUAUUAGAGAUACUGCUGUCAAUAAAGCCGGUGGGGGAGAAUGAAAAACCACAAAUUACCAUUAACGAAAUAUGCGAACUUACAAGUAUUAAAAAAGAAGAUGUCAUUUCAACUCUUCAAAACUUGAACCUCAUAAAUUACUAUAAAGGCCAGUACAUCAUCACCCUCAGCAAGGAAAUCAUCCAGGCACAUUACAAACAAGAAAAUAGGAAAACUAGAAUAGAUUCAAAGUGUUUGCAUUGGACUCCAAAGGAUUGGGGCAAGAGAGCAAAGUGGUAACACUGAACUUCACCUUUGAAAACCUCUCCUUAAUGAACAUUUAGGAUAAUAAAGGAAGCGACGGCAGCUAUACUUUGAUUUUUGAUGUAACAGGUGUAUCAUGUGGUUUUGUCAGUAUCUAUAUAUAUCACAGAAAUAUUAUGCGACAAGUUGUACUACAAUCUCAGAAGAAAAAUACUUCUAGUUAAGAAAAUUCUUUCUUGAAUUGUAUGUGUAUGUAUGUGUGUAUGUGUUUCAGCUUGUACUGAAGAGUCAAUUUUCUUAAUGAUAAAAUAGACUGUUUAGAAUAACAUGUUAGGAUAAUACCAGUUUUUGCAAGAAAGAAAUUUAAGGUUAGGACUAGAUUAGACCAGAGUAACUUUCGGUUUAUGUUGCCGAAGAAGACAUCUGGUUCAGCAUUCAUAACUGUUUGUUUAUAUCGGCAGCAGCUUUCUAGGCAUGGUAUUAGAAAAAUUUUCUAAUUUCCAGACUUUCGAAAUAAAGUUGGAGUUCCCUUUAUUUAUUUAGUGCAUUGAGUUCAAUUUACAUCCUGUUCGAGUGGUUUAUAAGUUGAAGUAUACUUGUAAUAUAUUCGUGUAUAUAAGACAAAUUAAACAUUUUUUUUCAAAGAAACUCCUCAGGCUACUGUAAUACUUUUUGUAAAACUUCUGGAUUCCUCCUGCGUCGGUUUUUGUUAAUUCGAACUUGCAGUUUCAGUCAAGCUCCGAAGAAUGUUAGCAAGUUUGAUCAACAAAAACCGACGCAGGAGGAAUCCAGAAGUUUUAGUUAAAAAUAAAUUAAAAUU